AAACCCUCAAACAAAUAUUCUCCCCUCUGCACAAAUGUUUAUAACCCCUAUACUUUAUCCCAAUAUUCCACUCAUUCUCUUAUGCUCUCUCUCUCUAAAAUUUGCCACCAUCAAUAAAAAUUUGUUGUUUUUAAUAUCAUUACUCACCCCAAAGAUUCCUCUCACUCUCCUAGACCCCUUUUAUAUCUCUAAGAUAUCCACUAUUAAAUUCUCUCUCUCUAGGAUUUUCACUAUUAUUUUCCCCUCUCUAAGCUUUUAUUUAUUAAUUUCUCCACCUUAUUUUACUCAUCUCUUGCCUUCACACUUGUAAAGGGGAUCCCUUAAGAAUAGCUCCCCAAAUUAAACUUCCUCUCUCUCUCCUCUCUGCUCUCUUUCUCUCUCUACACAUGCAUUGUUGUUUAUGUUUUUGGGCUUUUCUCUGUGGGUUCCUCUUACACUGACCAUUUCCAGAGAGAGAUUAAAAAGUUUUGUUAAUAUUUUUGUCAAGAAGCUUUGUUAAUCCAAUAGACAGAGAUAGGGAGAGAGCGUGGAAAUUUUAGAGAGAGAAAGUGAAUUUUAGAGAGAGAGUGAAAAUUCUAGAGAGAGAGAGUGAAAAUUUUGUCCGAAAACGCGAUUGGGUCGUCGGAUUUUGUUAGAGGAAAGAGAGAUAGAGUUGGGGAAGAGAGAGAUAGAGAAAUAUUUAGAGAGAGAGAGAGAGAGAGGUGUUUUGCUACAAGAGAUGACUUCUGUGAAGAACAGUUAUUUGCCUCCGACGCUGGUUUCAAAUUUGCAGGACGUUUUGAUGAGCAGGAAAGGUGGGGGUGAGGGUUCUGCCGCAGUGGAAGGUGAGAGUGCUUCAAUGGAGGAGGAGGUUGGGGAGUCUGAGAAAUUGGGGUCAAAACCCAUCGUUCUUGUCACUAAUGGUGAUGGGAUUGGGGCCCCGGGUCUCACUUCCCUUGUGGAAGCUCUGGUUCUUGGGGGCCGAUGCAGUGUUCAUGUCUGUGCUCCUGAAUCGGAUAAAUCUGUUUCUGGCCAUUCUGUGACGCUUCGGGAAACGCUUACAGUCAGCUCUGUGGAAAUCAAUGGGGCCACCGCUUUUGAAGUCUCUGGAACCCCUGCAGAUUGCAUUUCUUUAGCUUUAUCAGGUGCACUAUUUUCUUGGUCCAAGCCAGUUUUGGUAAUCAGUGGAGUCAAUAAGGGUUCAAGCUGUGGUCAUCACAUCUUCUACUCUGGCGCAGUUGCUGGUGCUAGAGAGGCUCUAAUAAGUGGUGUACCUUCCUUAGCGAUUUCAUUGAACUGGAAGAAAGAUGAAAGUCAGGAAAGUGAUUUCAAGGAAGCAGUUAAUGUUUGCUUACCAUUAAUACAUGCAGCCCUACGUGAUAUCGAGAAGGGAGUUUUCCCCAAGGAUUGUGCACUUAGUAUCGAAGUUCCAACAUGCCCUUCUGCAAACAAGGGUUUCAAAGUCGCGAGGCAGAGUCUAUGGAGGUCCGCUCCAAGCUGGCAAGCAGUGUCGGGCAACAGGCAUCCAUCAGGGGGACACUUCAUGUCCAAGCAUCAGAGCCUUGGCAUCCAACUUGCCCAACUCAGCAGAGAUGCAUCUGCUGUAGGUGCAGCUCGGAGGAUCAAUUCACAAAGGAAGACCGUUGAGAUAGAGUCUGUUGCAGAAGCAGGAAAACCUGAACCGCGACGAGGAGCCAUCAAAAAGUAUUUCCGUGUAGAGUUCUCGGAUAAGGAACAAGAUGAUCAGAAUGAGGAUCUUGAUUUCAGGGCACUUGAGAGUGGCUUUAUAGCGGUCACACCCCUUCGUUUGACAUCAAAUGAUGGAUUGGAAGCAAACAAUUUGGCAUUGGAGUGGCUUGACAGAGCUUUUGCUCCUGAUGCAUGAGCCUCCUUGUUUUGUAGUGGGUGGCGUCUAUGAUUUGUAUACAUAUCAACUGCUGAAGAUUGAGAGAGGCAUUGGCUCAUGGUUUUACUUACUUUUUUUCUCUUUUUGUUUCACUUUUUUUUGGCUCUUAGAUGUUGAUGCAAAAUGCAUGCUAGUUCUGAUUUGUUUCUGUUUUUCCGUUUCUCAUUUUGUGUAUCCGAUAAAUUGAUGCUUUCCUUUAGAUUUUUGGCCUUUGGUUCUAUUGAUAUUUUGUGGUUUCUCUCUC